AUGACGCCCUAUCAAUUAGCCAAUAACACACCUCUGACCCUUUCUCCUAAUUUCAUUCUCCCAGAGGAAAAGAGGCCAAACCUCUCAGAGGUACUUCCUUCUGAUUCAAUUCCCAUUAUCGACUUAAACGACCAUGAUAUUGAUGAUGGUCAAGGGCCAUCCCCGUUAGUUUCAAAAAUAUCACAAGCUUGUGAGGAAUAUGGUUUCUUUCAGAUUAUCAACCAUGGAGUCCCCAGAGAAUUAUGCCAAAAGGUGUUGGCUGUGGUGACGGAGUUCUUUCAAUUACCUCCCGAGGAAAGGGCGCAAUAUCUUACAAAAGAUCAUAGCAAGCAAGUAAAAGUGUUCAACUAUUACCAGAAGUAUGAAGGCAUAGGAAAGGUCACAAUGUGGAGUGAGACCUUCUCACACCCUUGGCAUCCUACUGAAGAUUUUACUUAUUUGUUACCCACAAAUCCUCCUCAGUAUCGAGAAGUUUUUGCCGAGUAUGCAAGAGCGAUUGGAGUUUUGUUUGAUAGGCUUUUGAGCUUGAUAUCCCGAGGGCUUGGCCUAGACAAGGAUUGUUUAAAGAGGAGGAUAGGUGAGAAGCCUGGGCUUCACACUCAAGCAAAUUACUAUCCAGCAUGUCCAGAUCCCGAGCUCACAAUGGGAAUGCCUGAUCAUAAUGAUCUUGGUUCAAUUACGGUACUCCUACAGGUGGAGGGAGUGACUGGCCUCCAAGUGAUCAAAGAUGGGAAAUGGUUAACCGUUGAUCCUGUGCCUGAUGCAUUCGUCAUCAAUUUGGCUGAUCAAACUCAGGUUCUUAGUAAUGGAAAGUUCAAGAGUGUAGGACACAGGGCUGUCACUAACAAGUUGUUGCCACGAUUGUCGUUAGGAAUGUUCUAUACACCAAAUGAUGACACUGUUAUUGGCCCAAUUGAGGAUUUGAUUGAUGAAGAGCACCCUCCAAAGUAUCGAAGAUAUAGUUUCAAGGAGUAUAUGGAAGAAUUUUAUAGGCAAGAAGGAAAGAGGAGGAGAGUAAAGGAAGCUUUUGAGUUGCAACGUUAAGAA